CUGUCGAUGAAGAAGAAGCGAGACUUACAAAUACCGGAUAUAUCCGUGGAAUGUGAAAGUAGGGUAUUUCUCUAUAAUUUACAGUUUUGUCCAACAUUUUGUAUCAUGGUGCAUACAUAGUCAUAGCCUAUUUACAUCGAAUGUUAAACGGCAUGCGUGCUUUAUUUUGUUAACUUUAUAAGUUGACAACAUUGUUGGUAAAUGUGUUGUUGAAGUUAGUCUAUUGGAUUUCCGACGUCGUCUCACUUCCAGAUUCAGUUCUGUAUUUCGAUUAAACGCCGCUGAAUGUCAUUAGCCUACUGCUCCUUUCGUUCGGAAAUCAACUAUUGAUACUUUUACAUAAUGAGAUAGUGCUCUUUAUUAUUAACAAUGUAUGCGCUGGUCUCAUCUCAACGUUAGAGGGACAUACCGAGGACCAGGUAGCCAGCCACCAUGGCUGCUGUGCAGGACUCAAUCUACAUGAAAUCUGCUGACCUUAUCAAAAAGGAGCCUCUGGACUACGGCGGCUUCGGUACCGUGUACCUGUGCUAUCACAAAACCCUCGGUCAGGUGGUUCUGAAGACCGUCUACACCGGGCCACCGCGCAAUGAGGGCAGUAAGCAGUCCCUGCUAGAGGAGGGCAACCUGAUGACCAGACUGAACCAUGAGCGGGUGGUCAAGCUGCUUGGGGUGAUCCUGGAGGAUGGGGACUACUCUCUGGUCAUGGAGCUCAUCCCUAAAGGCAACCUACUGGCCAUGCUGGACCAGGUUUCUGUGCCGAUAUCUAUCAAGGGCAGGAUCAUAUUGGAGAUUCUGGAGGGGAUGGUGUACCUGAUGAAGAACCGUGUCAUACACAAAGAUCUCAAACCAGAAAACAUACUGGUGGACAAGGAUUUUCAUAUUAAGAUUGCAGACCUGGGCCUGGCCACCUGUCAGAUGUGGAGUAGGCUGACUAAGGAGGAGUCUCGCAGGCAGAGCCGGCUAGGACGUAUGGGGGCUGGGGGAGUGGGGGCCAGGGCAGCUGGUACUCUGUGCUACAUGGCUCCUGAGCACCUGGACAGCAUCCAUACACACUCCUCUGAGAAGUCUGACAUCUAUAGCUUCGCUAUUGUCGUCUGGGUCAUCCUCACUGCCAGUGAGCCCUAUGAAAAUGCUCGGAGUGAGGACCAUAUCUGCCAGUGUGUCCGUAAAGGCGAUCGUCCUGAUGAAGACCUCAUCCCUGAUGAUACACCUGUAGAGAUCAUAGAGCUAAUGAAGAGAUGCUGGCAUCAGGAUCCACAACAACGACCAACAUUUGGAGAGGGCUACAACUUCUUCCUUCCCGUCUACAGGGAGAAGUUGGAGCCAGAUGUAGAAAGGGACUCACUUGGUCUCAGAGACUUGUACGAGGGGCCUGAGGAGCUGGUGGAGAAGAUGAAAUCUUUAUCGAUGCCUCCUGAGAGCCUUACAGCAGACCGGCCAGCUCCCUUGCUGAGCUCAGACAGUGCUGGGGCUGUCCGUAUAGAGGCUGGUCCAGUGGAGGCCAGCAUUGAGGACCUGAACCUCUUCCUCCCCUGUGAGCACUCCCUAAUCCAGCCAGACGCCCGGGCCCUCGGCCCCAUCAGCACCCCCUCGGGUAUGGAGCUCAAACUGGUCAGCAGUUCGAGGUCAAACCUGGAGGUCAAAUUAGCCCAGGAGUUGGAGUACCACAAAUUCGGCAGCUACUGCCGGAUGGACCAGCCUGACUUCAGCCCCUACCCUCACCCUACCACCCCACAGCGCCUCUCAUCACAGGACCUCUCCUCCACCAGAGGCCUCCCGGACCUCAGGCCCUCCCAGCCCCCAGUGUCCUCUGUCCAGUCCUGGACCAAAACCCAGGCCGGCCAGCCCAGCAGCGUGGAGGUGGACCACCACCUCCAUCUCUCUAACCUAGGCCUGUACGAGGCUGCGGCCCCCUCCGGGGCCACCACACCCAGACACCAGCUAUCCAGCCACAUCCCUGAGUCCACCAGCAGCCCCUCUCUGAGCCAGGGCCAGUACUCCCCCCAGCAGCAAUAUCCCUACGCCCAGUACGACCGCCUCCAGUCCUGGCCAGCCUACCCAGUGCCAGAGUCAGCUGCCCCAGACCUCUCUGCAGGGCUGCACCUGAACUCGGGUGCUAAGUUUGGACCUUCACAAGACCCAGCAGGCCUGUUUAUCCAGAACGCCAGUGGGAUCCAGAUAGGCAGCAACAACACACUCAGCAUCAGGGGUCAUGAAUUCGACAGCAGCUUAGCCAGCACUCUCUCCAACGGGGCAAACUCACUCUCUCUGCUCAAAGAAAACCUGCAGAUGUAUGAGGACCAGGCUGUGACUGAGGAGCACCUGGAUCUCCUGAGAGAUAACAUUGGGAGGGACUGGAAGCGCUGCGCCCGUCGUCUGGGCCUGAGCGAGGUGGAGGUGGAGACCAUUGACCAUGACUUCCAUCGUGACGGGCUGCCUGAAAAGGUGCACCAGAUGCUGGAGCGUUGGAGGAUGAAGGAGGGCUCUGUGGGCUGCACCGUGGGCCGGCUCUGCAGAGCCCUGGAGAACUGUGUUAAAAUCGACCUGGUGAAGAGGCUUUUGCACUCCAGCAGGACCAACAGUUCUCUGUAGGUACAAUAGCCUGUAUCAACUGUAUUUCAUUCCCCCUAACCCUAUACCAGAGGGAUUACUAUCGACUCCAGCACCCCACCCACACCCUUCCACUCCUACCAACCAAUCUAACGUUUAAUGACUGUGAGUUGAGUAGUUAGUAUUGACUUUGAACCACUUAAUUACUGUAAGGUAGUCUGGGUGGAAUUUUCUUGCCAUAUGAUAUGGAUAUGAGUGUAGCAGCCCAAAUACACCAUUCCAAUCUGAAAUAAACAUUGCCAACCCCAAAUUCAAGUAUUUGCUUUAAAGGGGCAAUCUGCAGUUGCUACAUCCAUUUCUGGACUUAAGUUAAUGAAAUGUACCCAUUGAUUCUUGAAGAAAGAACUUAUAAAUGCUUCAUGAGCUUAGUUCAACUGUCGUGCCGCAUCAGAGGCCUGCCUAUACUACGAAUCAGGUUUGAGGAGUUGGGGAGGUAACCUUGGUCAAUUCCGAGUUCAACUCGCGAUAACCGGUACCACGAAUGUGGCUCAACUUUUAGCCAGGUACAUUUCUAUGGCAACGAAUCCUUCAGAACAAACCUGUUCCGGGGCAGGCUAACUCGGGGCUAUCUCCAUUUACCCUGAAUUAAGUGUCUGAGCCACGAGUUGAGGAAUUAUGAAAUCAGAUACCCUCCCUGCAAAGAUUGUCAUCAUCCCAUUCAUUUGAAGAAGAUGACUGAUUUAAAUAUUUGUAUUAUUCAAAUGUUUUUUGUGUGUAAAAAAUUGUUAAAAUACCUAUCACAUUACACAUAGUAAUGACAGCAUUGGCUUUCCAAACUACGUUUUUCGUGUGAUUGUAUUUUCAAAUUUGCAACAGCCGCAUCCAACCAUAGACAUAUAAUCCAUAGAUGGCAGUUCCCAUUCAAGUCAAGACUGGAAGCCAUUGCUAGUGUACCCAUGAGUUUAACAGUCAAAUUGCCAAGGUUAGAGGUUCUAAAAUCCUUCUAUGGAUUAUAUGUCUGAAGCCACACUGCAACAAGCUGUUCCACAGAUAGAAGAGGAACGAUAGGAGUGGAAAAAGGGUGCUUGUGUAUUGAUAAGCACACCAAGUUAGCGAGGUAACUUUGGUCAACUCUGAUUUCAACUCGGGAUAACAGGUACCACGAAAGUGGCUCACCUUUUAGCCAGGGACAUUUCAAUGGCAAUGAAUCCUUCAGAUCUAACCUGCUCCGGGCAGGCUAAUGCCGCUCUCAAAACAACUGGGAACUCUGAAAAAUACGAGGUCAAAUCAUGACGUCAGUGAUCUUCAGGUCGGAGCUCUAGAAAGAGACCCAAGUUGGAACUCCGAGUUGGAUGAUCGUUCAAAUAGUUUUUUUCCCAGUCGGAGUGCGUUUUUUUCUGAGUUCCUUGUUGUUUUGAACGCACUGAAGUCGGAGGUCAGAGUCAAGUUCCAAGUUCCCAGUUGUUUUGAACACUGCAUAACUCAGGGCUAACUCCAUUGUCCUGAAUGAGCUUCGAGUUGAGGACCAAUAAAAUCAGAUUCCAUCCCUCUUGCAAAGAUUGCGUCAUCAUCCCCUUAAUUUGAGGAAGAUGACUGAGUAAAUAUUUUAUUAAUCACAUUUUUAAAAUGUUUUAAUAGUAAUGUUAAAAUACCUAUCACAUUACACAUUUAGUAAUGACAUGCAUUUGAAACUUCACGCACAGUAAAACUUUUGUAUGACUUAAUACAAUUACUUUAUCGAUAGGAGUGGGGGGGAAAGGUGCUCGUGCAUUGAUAAGCAGGGGUUAAAGUUCUCCGUCACUGCGACGGAUUUCCGUCAUGGAUUCUGAAGAGGUCAUUUUGGAAAUGACAGCCUAAUACAGACAGAAGCAUGUUUGUUCUACUAAAUAUAUUACCAAAUACAUUUCUUUUCAAAUAUUUUAUUUUCUCAGUUAGUCUGGACUGAACUGACAUGCAUGAUGAUUGUUGCUGACACUCAAACAGUGGUGUGUAACCUACUGUAGCUGCUGGCAAAGUCAUUCAAAGCCUACACUUUAUCACUCAGAAUGUAACUUUCCAGUGCUACUAUUUUUGCCAUGUAAUGUUGUUAUUAAAACUAAAUUGGACAACCCCAUAGUAGAAUAGUUUACCUAUUUACCUAGUCGGCUUGUUGUUGUGUGUUCUAUGCAAGAGUAUUAUUCCUCUCGAGGUGCAUUCAAGUUGGGAGAGCCAUGGGAGGGAAACAUAUUCUGACAAGCAUUCAAUGCACAACAAUUCUUAAUGCAAACUUUUGAAAGCAUUUUUGGGAAAUGGAUUUUGAAAGCAGUUUUGGCCUUUGUUAAUAAAUGAGGGGCAUCCCAGUUUUACAUUGCUA